GCGUUUAGCGACUGUAAUAGUGAUAGAUCCGGGGAGUUUCCCACGGCGGCGUCGCAGGGCCGUCGGCUUUUGAUUGCUUGUGCUUCUGAUAACUCCGACGACCUAAUUCGCCAACUGGUUAUGGACCUCGAGUCCUGUUCGAUUGAGGAGCAGAAGCAAGCGGCUAUGGAGAUUAGACUUCUCGCUAAGAACAAACCGGAGAAUCGAUUGAAGAUCGCGAAAGCUGGAGCGGUGAGGCCGUUGAUUUCGUUGAUAUCGUGUUCGGAUCCGCAGCUUCAAGAGUACGGCGUGACGGCGAUUUUGAAUCUCUCGUUGUGCGACGAGAACAAGGAGCAAAUAGCGGCGUCUGGUGCGAUUAAGCCUCUGGUUCGAGCGCUGAUGUCGGGAACUCCUACGGCGAAGGAG